UCCAGUGAACUCAUUAAUAUUCUUUAUAGAAGCACUAUACCAGGAAUUAGUUUUAAGUAAUAAAAUAAAAUAACAUUCUGUGUAUAUUACCAUUGCAUCAUGUACAUACUGCAUGGUUUCUAUUGGUAUUGGCUGUCAUCAGUGUGGGAUACGUUGUUACUACGGUUGUUUCCGAGAAUUGUUCUGAUACAACGAGAGAAUUUGUCUUAUUGAGCUUAUAUUAUAGAACUACAUCUACACUUAUGUUUAUCACUAGCUCAAGCUGAGGGUAGAACUUGAUUCUUACUGCGAUUACUCCGAGGACUGAAAACUUCUAUAUUUUAGAAUUAUGGCUGCAGUAAUGGGAAGAACUGAGAUAGAAAUUAAAGACACUACAUACAAGGUCACUGUCCCCAAUGACCCAAUAGCCAAGCUUAUGUACUACUUUGAUUGUAUCUGCACUUGUGUUGAGCCUGAUAGUGACUACACUAUACGUCGUCUCAGAGAUUAUAAAAAUUAUUCUCGAUUGACCAGUGAAGAAGAGGCCCAGCUUAUUGCAAUGUGCCUUGGUCUCAGCCCUGAUAAGUUAAUGGGAUCAAUCUUCCAUCCUACUGAUGAUUGUGGAUCAUUUUCUAAUAAGUUUGUUGAGAUAAGUGCAGUCAAAACAGACGUUCUUGUGACCAACUCUCUCCUCAUUGGAGGACAGCAGAAAAAGGUGCAAAAAGUCAUGUUUUUCCAGAAGAAUUGGAUGGAGAACUACUUCAUUGAGCCUCUUAAAGCAGUGCAGAGGAGACUUAACCCUCCCCCACGUCGUAGGGAAAGCAGUUCCUGCACUAUACUCUGAGAAUGAACCAUUGAACUAUUGUAUGUGAUGCUACUUUAGU